CAAAAAGUCACCAGAAUCACACUAGCCUGUCUGGCUUUCUUGCAUCUUUGCAAUGCGACCGCUAUCGAUCCAACAAAGCUGACAGCCCGAGACGCCUACCAUGACGACUCCGGCAGCGCUGAGUGCCUUCAAGUUGGCUGUGACACAUCAGUGUGCGCCAAGGAUCCGACCGAUGCUCUUGCCGUAGCCUCUCAGGGCGUGAGUCUCAUUCUGGGACCGGACUGCGCGGGAUGGGCCAAGGGAAGCCCUUCGGUGGUUGAUGGCGACACAUCGUGCCCUGCUGGCCUACAACUCUUCAGAGGAGACCUAAGAGUAUGGCGUGCGUGGAACAACGUCCAGACAAAAUACAAGGGGACAUUCGUGGCAUGGGACAAUUUCAAAGGCGCUACAUGUUGGGGUAGGAAGGACGUUGACUGCAUCCACGGGCCCAAACAAGUCCCCGACCCCAAUACCGGACUGUGUAUGCCGUGGAAUGUUUAG